AUGUCGGCUGUAACAGUACAACAAUUGAUAUCCAUUUUGGAUGAGAAAUGGGCGCCUUUCAGCGUUAAAAUGAACGAAAUUGUUCGAUCAAUAGAGUUCAUAAAUACAAAAUAUGAGGAAAUGGAAACGAAAUUAACUUCAUACGAAGCGAAGCAAAAGGAUCUUUGUAAUGAAAACCAAGCACUUGCUUUGCAACUGAAACAGACAACGAAGGAGUUAAAUGAUCUAAAAGAUGAAUGUAAUGACUUAGAACAGUAUUCGAGAAGAGAUUGCGUGGAAAUUAGAGGAGUUCCAUUGAAACGUGGGCUACGAUCAGGUGAAGAAAAUACAGAUAGAUUUGUGAUGAAG